UUAUUCAUACCAGAGACAACGUCGAAAUCAUCCGAAGUUUGUCCACACAGCAUCACCUUCGCUUUCAUGUCACUGUGAAGGCAUUCUGUCAGACAACCAAACUUAAAUGGAUAUCCGAACCUACCCAACAUCAGCCACACUGGCUUCUGGUUUACUGUCUCAAUAGCUUUGUUGAAGUCGACGAACAAGGGUUAUUUUACUUCAUGACAAUUCUCCGGCAUUGAACGAUCCUCGACCACGUUUGGUUCAAAUACUUGAAUGACGAGGCAGUCCAGCAGAAUUCUGACAAUCACUUUUCGGACGCAACUAGUUGUUGGUAUAUUGCUUACUUUCUUUUUCCUCAUACAUUGAUAACACAAGAGUAUCCUUGAGUUCAACACAGGUUUGCUUUGCAGUCAAAUGCAUUUUACAAAGUGAUGCAAUGUAUAUAGCUUUGCGUGUCCGCUGCUUUUCAAAAUUCUGACGGAAUCCUAUCGGCAUUGGCAAGUAUUCUGUAUAUUUCAUUCGGCCCUGGGGUAUCUGCAACACCCAUUUUGUUUUGUUGUUGCAGCCCGUUCAAGGUGUCAUUGUCAAUCUCUGGACGGUUGUACAAGAUGCAGUCAUAGUGAUAGCGCCAUGAUGUCUGCAGUCUGAGUGCAGGCUUAAUCCUCGAAGUAGCGUUCUCAUAAGCUGCAAUGUGGGUCUAUGCACGUCCUUCAAGGAGCCAUGGGACGGCUUAUACUGAAGGCGUUCGUUGUAGUAUUCUAUCUAUGUAGCCGUCUCCGUUCACCGUAUAAUCUUUUUGCGACGCGGCUUUCUAGUCGAUCGCCGAUACAUUUUACGAAAUUUAUUCUCCUCUGAACCUUAAAAGUCCUCCUCAUGUCAACAAAAACUGCAUUCUUCUCUGACCUCCAUGCGCCACUAGUUGCACUGUUGUCCUCAACUCAAUGUUCCAUGUUGCUUCAGGUGGUGCCACAGGUUGCUCACCGAAUCAGUGGCGUCGACAUAGCCAAGGCGGAUAUCCAUCGCGUUUUUUUAUUUGUAUUUCUCAGUAGUAUAUGGAAGACGAAAAUUAACUCUACCGGUUACGACAGAUGAAUGAAACAUGAAUUUAUAAAGUAUAUGUACCAGUUGGUGAUCACCAACUUGUGAUCGGUUUCAUUCUCCUCACUUCCCACGUGUUAUGCUGGCGUACGAUGAGAUAGUCGAACACGUGAGCAUGAGCAAGUAGCAAUAUCACUGUCGCCUGGUAGGAACUGUGCGUUUGUGCGUCGGGCCGUGAAUGGCGCAAAGUGAGAGCUUGAGCAAUACCAAAUGACCUGAUGGCGUCCUUCCACACCGCGACAUCAUGCCCAACGCGCGCGUUAAAAUCACCCAGUUGGAAUAGCCAGUCGCUCCACGUUGCAGACGGUAUCACGAAAAGGGAUUGAGAGUGAGACUGAUCUUACGUGUCAUCCGGAAACUCCCUGUGGGAGGAUACAUGUUAAUCACAAUUACCAACUUACCCCAUUCGAAGCAUAGGCGAAAUCUCACCAACCUUAAGCUGAAGCUACCCGGCUCUUGCAUCAAUAUUCCAUUUAUGCGAUCGGAUAUUGAAAAUCGAGCUCCAUGUAUGUAUAUGUGCACUAAAAUUGGUUUCCUUGUGAACAGUUGUGCAGUCUCUCAGAAUUGAUCUAUUCCUUGGUUCAUCGGGAAUCAUUCUAGCAAGGUUUUCAUUCUAUCCGAUCCCAUAUGGCUUUUCAGCUCAGGCCUCUAGACCCUGGUUAUUUCGAGUUGUGCGCUGUUUUCGGAUCACUUACUUUUGCAUUAAAUGCUUCUUCUGUAACUCCACCUUGGUACUCCGUUUUCUUUCACUUUCUGCCAUCAUCUUGUGACCUUUGCUGUCAUUCGUUCAUCUUCGCCCUUUAAAGUUAUCUUGCGUUAGAAAUGUAUGACAAAGCAGUGGAAGAAUGGUCUAACAUUGUGAAGAUGAGUCCGACGGCUGAGUAUAAGCAGGAGCUGCAAGCGGCCGAACGUGAGUUGGCACGAUCCAAGGAACUAGACUACUACAAGGUUCUUGGAAUCAAGAGACAUGCAUCUGUGGAUGAAAUCAAGCAAGCUUAUAAGAAGUGCGCGCUUCAGCACCACCCAGAUCGUCAUACUCAUGCCGAUGAAAACACAAAGCGAGAACAGGAGCAAAAAUUCAAAGAAGUUGGAAUGGCUUACAGCGUUUUAUCUGACCCACAGAAGCGCCAACAAUAUGAUAUCGGGGGGUUGACAUGUAGUAAUUCAAUCAACAGUAAAAUGCAUGCUCAAACUCUCUUCACUCAGAUGUUCCCGGGAUUUGGUGCCACCGGCUCGUCUGUUCACUUUUGUUUCUCCUGA